GAAUUGUGAGUGGCUUACGACACUCAGUGAACAGACGGUGCCUCUGCAUGCUCUGCCAGUACACUAGUCUGCUGCAAGCGAGGGAUCGAAGUGAAGAGUGCUCUGCCUCUCCUCUCCAUCCCUGUCACACACCGCCUCUGCCUCCCUACUAGCAGCCUCCUCAGCCUCUCAGUCUUCCAGCCUCCACCAGCAAACUCCCUCCAGCCGACCAGGGAAAAACACCACUAACAACACAAGUGGAUAUGAACAGAACCCAAAAGACAGGAGGACGCAGGAGUCAAGGGGCUUCUCACAGGAGAUAAGAGGGGAUCUAAAAGAAGGAUACUAAAAAGAAAGUAGAAAAAAACUAAGGGGAAAACAGAGAGAGAGAGAGAGAGAAGAGAAUGAGAGAGACCCUGGCAUUACCCAUCCUUAUCCUUCCAAUACAUAUUUUCUGAAGCGCACCGGUCGGUCACUAAAAUAAUAAUGACAGAGUUGACUGGAUUUAAGCCGUGCAGGUCAGCGAUCGCUUCAAGUGACGGACGGUAAUUUGUGUUGACAGAUCUGCCCCCAGUCGUUAUCGAGAGAGAGUUUUGAGUUAGUCUUUUCCUCUCCUUUCUUGGUUGGCUUGGUUUUUUCUCUGGUCUCCUCUUCGGAUCAUCGCAGCAGUAGUGACUGCAGAGGAGCAGGAGGGAGAGAGAGAGAGAGAGAGCGAGGAGGCACGGCACUCAUGCAUGCAGCCGAGCAGGAAACUUGCACUUCCUAACCAGCAUCCACUUGGAUUCCUUGGGUCUUUUCUGGCUUCUUUCACACGAGGAGAACUAAGACAUUGUAAGCCUGCCAGGAUCUGGUAUUCUGGCUGAAAAGGACGAGAAGGGGGGGUGCAAAUUUGUACCACACUGGGGUCCUUUUUUAGAUUCACACAUAAUUAGUGUGGGCACAAAGGAAGUCGCUGAAUAGGGGAUGUCCGUCUCUGGAUAGGGGUGAGUAGGAUUCCUUUCAUACGUGAUCGCUCGGUGAAGAAAGCAUUUUUUACCCGCUUCGGGUCUCAUCUUGCCCCCUGAUAUCUAACAUGAGCAAAGUGACUUGCCCUUUAUCCCUCUCCCCUGUUCUUUUCUUUUUAUCCACCACACUGGAUUCCUCUUCCUUUCUAUAAGUAAAUACCUUGGGGGAAAAAACACACACGCACAACACAAUUCACUACAAGAAAGGGAAUACAAAAAAAAUACAAGAGCUGGUUUCCUGCCGGGGAGAGAUUACAAAUUACGAUGUGAACCAUGACAGAAUAAUACCGGAACGAUUCCAAUGGACAUUUUCUCUGCGGAUCUAUCCGAGGAUUUUCAGGCUGAUGGAUUUCCUUCUAAUAGGCUUGUACCUAAAGUGGCCCCUGAGGAAGCCCCCUGGGUUGAUACUGUUGCUGUGGUGCUCUCUGGGCAUCAUGCUCAAAAUGGUCCCAUCGGUGGAGGGCGUCUGCCCCCGUCUAUGCCGCUGCGACAGCAAGCUGCUCUACUGCGAGGGGCUCAAUCUCACCGACGUUCCACGCAACCUGAGCAGCGCACUGGGCCUGUCCAUGCGCGAGAACAACCUGACGGAGCUGCGCGAGGGCCACUUCGCUGGCCUGUCGCAACUCACCUGGCUCUACUUGGAUCAUAACAACAUCGACGUGGUGGAGGAGGGCACCUUCGACAGGCUGCGCCGGGUCAAGGAGCUCGACCUGAGCACCAACCAUAUCGAGAGCCUGCCCAAUGGCACCUUCAGGCCCCUCCCCAACCUGCGCAUCCUGGACCUAUCGUACAACAGGCUGCAGGCGCUGGAGCCCGACCUGUUCCACGGCCUGAGAAAGCUAACCAAUUUGCAUUUGCGCUACAACGCCCUCAAGUUUGUCCCAGUGAGGAUCUUCCAGGACUGCCGGAGCAUGCAGUUCCUGGACCUGGGCUACAACCAGCUUCAGAGCCUGGCGCGGAACUCCUUCGCUGGGCUCUUCAAGCUCACAGAGCUGCACCUGGAGCACAACGAGCUGGUCAAAGUCAACCUGGCCCACUUCCCCCGCCUCAUCUCGCUGCGCACGCUCUACAUGCGCAACAACCGGGCUACCGUUGUGGUCAGCACCCUGGACUGGACCUGGCCCUUCCUGGAGAAGAUUGACCUGUCGGCCAAUGAGAUCGCAUACAUCGAGCCACACGUCUUCGAGAGCGUGCCCAACCUCAAGGCCCUCAUGCUGGACGCCAACCGGCUGACGGCCGUGGAGCAGCGCAUCCUGGAUUCAUGGUCAUCCCUGGGCAGCAUCACUUUGGCAGGCAAUGAGUGGGAAUGCAGCCGCAACGUGUGCGCCCUGGCCCAGUGGCUGAGCGCCUUCCGGGGCCAGCGGGACAGCCAGCUACUGUGUUCCAGCCCGGACGUGGCACAGGGCGAGGACGUACUGGACGCCGUAUACGCCUUCCAGCUGUGCGAGGACGGCAUCGACCAGGCCACCACGACUAUGGGAUGGUACCCCGGGUACACCACCAAGGACCAGGCCCGGGGAGGCCCCACGGCCAACCCCUACGAUCCCCCAGCCGCAGAGGGCGGCGCAGUGGUCACCAAUUCCUUCACCGUGACCGUGGCUAACCUCGACGACAUAGACAGCACCAUGCAGAUCCACAAGGUGGUGACAGGCACCAUGGCGCUCAUCUUCUCCUUCCUCAUUGUGGUGCUGAUGCUCUACGUGACCUGGAAGUGUUUCCCGGCGGGCGUGCGGCAGGUGCGCCAGUGUUUCAGCAGCCAUCGGCGCAAGCAGAAGCAGAAGCAGAGCAUGCAGCAGAUGGCCACCAUGUCCACGCCGGAGUACUACGUCGACUACAAGCCCAACCACAUCGAGGGGGCCCUGGUCAUCAUCAACGAGUACGGCUCCUGCACCUGCCAGCAGCAGCCCUCCCGGGAGUGUGAGGUCUGACCCGGCCCUUUGUGUGUGUGUGUGUGUGUGUGGAUAUGUGUGUGUUUACGUGUGUUUGUGUGGAUAAUAUGGACAACCACGGAGACCCUUUUUGGAUAUAUGGGAUAUAUUGGGUGGGUUGGGGUUGUAUAAGUGAGGUUUGAACCAGGGAUCCUGCUAUGGACACUAUUUACACUGUGUCACACUGUGCUGCUCGCCCCCCUACUGUGGAGGAGAAAGGGGUAGGACUGACUGAGACCGUGGAUUAAUUGCUGUGGAUCUGAAGGGCCUCUAUGGACACUAUGGAGACCAGACUCUAUUGUGCCUGUUGACUUGAUGCACAGAAUCACCAGAGAUGGAAUAUUAUGUUGACUUUAUACAGAAACUCCAGAGAGGAUUACUGUUUGUAGGCACCAAUGGUUUCAUCUUCUUCCUCUUCCUCUUCUUCUUCUUCUUCUCUACACCAGGAGUGGAUAUUAUUUCAGCUUUAAAUGAGUCUUUCUUACUUCAGGAUAUUCUGCUAUUGUCUAAAGACCAACUGGGGACAUACUGGCCAGCCAUAAACACACCAUUUUUAUUGUGGUAAUACAACGACAACAAAAAAAAUACAACAAUAAUGCAAAGUUGGAUUAUUAAAAAAAAUAAAUAAAGAUGAUCAAUUCUGUGUAAAAUAUGUUAAAAAAGCAAGAGUGGGAAAAAAAAGAUGCUAGAUGCUAUCCUAUUUCUUUUGUAAACUACAACAACAAAAAAUACCAUGUUUAAAUAAAUGAAUUGCUAUUCACAGUAAAGCCCUUGUGUUGUAAGGAACCGUUGGGGAGAGGGGUGGGUUAUGAAAAGAGAUGCAGUGCUCGCGCUGGCGGUAGGAAGAGAGAGAGAGCAUUUGUCUGGCGUGCCUACUGCAGUAUGUCUAGUUGGGCCAGAGGGGCAACCUACCCGCACUUCAUCUCAAAUGUUAAAUCCUCUCCAAUAGGAAUAUCAGAUCUUUUAUUGAUCCCUCAUUCCCUAUUUGUGAGUGAGGGGGGCAUUCAAUGUGCUGGCUCGCUAUAGAUGUUGUGGUUGCUUCCCACCGAAUCCCCCC